AUGCCGUUCAAAUGGCUGAAAAAGACUAGAAAAUACGACAUAUCUACCAAAAAUGUGUUCAUUGUUGGUGUUUAUCUGUUGGAUAAUGCGUACCUGGAGUGCACAUUGACUGCUGACAGUACCGGGCAGGAAUGUUUAAACAGUAUCGCACAGAGGAUCGAACUAGCUGAGAGCCAUUACUUUGGGCUUCGGUAUGUCACCAAGAAACUCAACUUUCAUUGGGUCGACCUGGAGAAGCCUUUGAAGAAACAGCUGGAUAAACAUGCUCAGCCGGGAAUGCAUCCUCACAGUUUGUAUUUUGGAGUGAUGUUCUAUGUCAUUGGAGCUCAUAAAAUUCCAGAUGAGGUUGCCAGGUAUCACUACUAUUUGCAAUUGAAGACAGAUGUUAUAGAUGGGCGGCUUCCAUGCUCCACUGAACAGGCUAUCAGACUUGCUGCUUACAGCUUGCAGGCCGAGUUUGGAGAUUAUGAACCAGACAAGUAUUCAGCAGAAGACUAUUUGCUGUUUCCUAAGACAUUGAUGCAGGAUAAAACUGUGGCGUCGGAACUUGUUGCUGAGGCCAUAGCUGGGCAUGCUGCACUCAAGGGGGUCCCCCCAAUCAAGGCAGAGCUUCAGUAUGUAAAAGAAGUUCAAAUGAUGGAUGGGUAUGGAGCUGAAUAUUACAGUGCCAAGGAUGAGUCACGGAAGGACCUGUAUCUCGGCACGUCACACGCAGGAAUCUUUGCCCGCUAUGUGGAUGGACAGUCUACAGUGUACUACAAGUGGGCAGAGAUCGCCAAGGUUACGCAGAACAAAAAAACAUUGGAGAUUGACACCCCUAAGAGUUCAGUGCAGUUUCAGUUGGAAGACUCGGACACAGCCAAGUAUGUCUCCAGGAUGGCACACCUGCAGUGUCAGUUUUACAAAUCCAGCAAGGGCAGUCUGAGCGCCUGUCUCUCUGAUGUCAGCCUCAUUGAAGAAGGGGAGGGUCACCUGUACAUGUAU